UCCGAGCCGUUGCGCUUGGGCCGCAGAGGAACCCGGCGCUGGGCCCAGGGUGUGGGCGCCGGCAAAGUCGGCCCAGGCAGCGGGCCUGCGGGCAGGUGUCUGCUGGGGUCAUGACCUAGCACCUGCCUGCCGGUUCCUGACCUAGCACCUGCACCAGGCCUUGACCCAGCACCUGCACCAGGCCCUGACUCAGCACCUACCUGCCAGGCCGUGACCUAGCACCUGCACCGGGCCUUGACCCAGCAACUGCCCGCCGGGCCCUGGCCUAGCACCUGCGCCAGGCCCUGACCCAGCACCUGCCCACCGGGCCCUGACUUAGCACCUGCGCCGGGCCCUGGCCUAGCACCUGCCCACCAGCCCUGGACUGGGCUGAGGGCUGCAGGUGUCACGGGGGCGUGGCGACGGGACGGCGGGGGCUGCGGGGAGAGCCCGCCCUCCCCCUCCAGCUGUUCCCAGAUGUCAUUCUGCCCGCCCAGGCACCCGGUUCCUGAGCUCAGGGGGGUUCCACGGUUACUAAGCUACUGGUUUUUGUUGACUUUCAAAUAUUUUCUUCUACGGGAGAGGGGGAGGGGGGCAAAAGUCAGAAGAGAGCAAAUAAAAGCAAAUCAAAAUAAGCUCCCCCUCCCCAAAAGAGAGCGGUGCUCCAUCCUCCCCUCACACCCACCGCGAAGGCCUCUGAGCACAGCCACCUUGCUGAAGCAACAGCCACGCAGAACUGACCUGCGUCUGCCCAUCCUCAUCUCCCUCUCCGGUGAAUGAGGGGUGGUGGUGGAUGGUCCCCCUGUCUUCAAGCCCUGGGCGGACGAAGGGGCCUCCGGAAAGACAGGAGGAGGAUGGCCAGUGGAAAUGGGCUCCCUUCAUCCUCAGCCCUGGUGGCCAAGCGCCCCUCCGCCCUGGGCCCAUUCCCCAGAUACAUCUGGAUCCACCAGGACACACCCCAAGACAGCUUAGACAAGACUUGCCACGAAAUCUGGAAAAGAGUUCAAGGCCUGCCCGAGGCCUUGCAGCCCAGGACCGUGAAGGAACAGCUCUCUGCCCCGGUGGCUGGGACUCCGAGAGACAACGGGCUCAGCUUCCAAGAAGGAGCCCCGGAGCCCCGCCGUGGCAAGGACGAGAUCUCCCUGUUGGUGGAGCAGGAGUUCUUGAGCCUGACCCAGGAGCACCUCAUCCUCGUCACAGAGAGCCCGCCGCCUGCGGGGCCCCGACUGCCGGCUCCCCGCCUGCCCGCGCCUCCCCGGGGGGCAGGCAGCACCGAGGGCCCGGGAGCCCCCAUCGCAGCCGGCGACACGCUCCGGGAGCCGAAGGUGGCCAUGUCUGUCCUCAGCGGCGGGCCGGACUGUGACUCGGUCGUGUCCACGGUGACGGGCAUUCUGCGCGCUGCCAAGGUCAAGAGCGUCAAGGGGGCGGAUGCGGGGGGCCGCGCGCCGGGGGCCCCCAACUCGGAGGUCGGCAGGCUCCUGGCGCAGAUCCCGCUGAAGCCGUCGGCCACCAGCCAGGCCCCUGACACCGGAGCGGUGCAGGAGCACACGAGGGCCAUCAAGGAAGGCUUCCUGCAGAACGGCACGCUCGGCGGCCCGGGGCCCAGGGACGCCCUGGAGCUCGGCUCGCUCCUGCUGCUUCCGCCCCUGCCGGCCCCCCUGUCCGCGCCCCCUGACAAGCUCCCCGAGCUCCCCGCUCAGAAGAGGCAGCUCCCGGUGUUUGCCAAGAUCUGCUCCCAGCCCGAGGCUGACGCGGCCACGGAGGGGCGUCCGCUCGUGGAAUGGAACCCUGGCACCAAGGAGCCGACGAAGGGUCGAGAGAGCCUCUUUCUCAGUCAGUGGCCCCAGACCCAGAAGGACACCUGCGGUGAGGAGGGCUGCAGUGACCCCGGGGGCUCCGUGUCCGUGGCCCUGUCAGCCAAGAAGUCCAUGUGGCCUGCCGAGAAGAACCUGCUCUAUGAGUUUCUUGGGGUCGCCAAGAACCCAAGUGGGCCGCUAAAGCUUCGCAGCAAAGUGGAGGUGGACGGACUGGAGCUGAAACUUAACCCGCCGGGGACCGUGGCCGACAAGAGCAACCUCAAGUAUACAGGGAACGUUUUCACCCCACGCUUUGCCACGGCCCUGACCUCGGCCACCCUGAACCAGCCGCUCUGGCUCAACCUGAGCUACCCGCCUCCGCCCGUGUUCACAAAUCACUCCGCCUUCCCACAGUAUCAGGGCCUGUACCCGCCGCGCGCAGCCAGGAUGCCCUGUCAGCAGCCCCCGCAGCCCCCGCUGGGCUGCUCCUCCCGGCAGGUGACGCCGUACAGCCCACAGCAGGUGGGACAGCAGGUGUUCCGCUCUUCCUACGCCCCCCUGCUGAGCUACAUCCCCUUCGUCCAGCCCGGCUACCCGCACCCUCAGAGGACACCUCCAAAGCUGUGCAGCCAUCCCCGCGACCCUUCCCCGAUGGCGGGAGACGGGCCACAGUACGUGGUCCCCCAGGCGUACGGGUUCGGCUCGACGGCUGGCGGGCCCCUGGUGAACAGCCCCUAUUUUUCCUCUGGUGGGAAUGGCAUAAACUUUUAGACGAUCUUCUCUCCUCCCUCCUCUUACCUUAGCCCUCAGAUCGGGGCUGAGGGCUCUGGAACUCCGGGUUCUGUAAUCGCGUGGCCGGGGGUUUGGAAAACCAAAGUUCCGACCAGGUCACAGACAGAAAACGGCAAGACCAGGCUCAUCUCUUGACCACCUGUGUCACACACCCCGCACCCCACACACACGCCUCCCUCGCACCCGUACCCCCGCCCCCCACUUGACCACAUAUGCACCUGUAUUUAGCUGACAUGAGUGAUUUUUGUUUCUGUUGUUGGUAAAAUAGAAGUAAGACGCUUAAUUUUAGAAAGUUUGUAUUUUAUGAUAAAAGUGUGAGCUGCUUGAAA